AUGGCUGCUUCGAUUUCCAACGCGACAUACUUUGACUUUCAUUGCCAAGGCAGUGGGGGAAAAUGGUGGGCCUGCCCUGAAGGUAGCGCCUCGAAGUUUGUAGGAUGCUGCGUCGAUGACCCUUGUUCCAAAGGCUGUGCGCAAGGCGAUCUUCGAUCUGUCGGUUACAAUACAUCACAUUAUGGAGAAUGGCCAGAUGCGAGUUGUGGCCAAGCGAGCAACUUCUUCUCCUGUAUAGCCGGAGAUUCAUUUUGGGGCUGCUGCAAGUCCAACUCGUGUGCGUCGCCUUCAGCUACAUGCCCCCAAAAUGACUUGACUCCCGCUUUCAUGGACCAGACCUACCAGUUCAACACGUAUGCCAGGACUGGAAGUUCAGCACCUAGCCCUAGUGCUUCAUCCGUAUCCUCAAAGAAGAGCAACACGGGAGCGAUAGUUGGCGGGGUAGUUGGUGGCGUGCUUGGACUUUCUCUUAUCGCAGUUCUCAUCUACUUUCUGAUGCGCAAGAAGAAGCGAAACCAGGUCGCAAGUGGGGGCGAUUUGAGCCCUGCUACUAUGGCAGCACUGCAAAAGGAGAAGGGCCCUGGAACACCAUACACCCCACUUAGCGGCCAGUCACCACCGCCUACGUACUCAGCUCCUCAUGACAGGUACCAAAGCGUAUCACUGCCAUCGAAAAACACUUAUGCUCAUUACGCAAACCACGACAACGGCCCUCAGGAGCUUCCAGCCGACGCUCCGUUAUCUCAGGAGCAUAGAUUUUCCGAACUACCGGCAACCCAGUCGGACAGUGUAGGUCGCCAUCAUAUUUCUGAGCUGCCUGUCGAAACCUCGGAUAUUCAGUCAUCGCAUACCGGUACAUCUCCUAGGCAACUCCAGACUGAGUUUUCGAAUGAUCUGGCCAAACAUACAAACGAGAAUGUAGGGUUGGGUGUGUCGAUAGAUGAAGGGUCGCGGAAACACCGAGCUGGAUGA